AAGAUAUCCUUCGGGAAGUCUAUGGUACGGGAUACUCCAAAACAAGCUCUGAUGCGCUGUCACUGUCCUCGAACACCCCCAGAUCGAGGUUUGAAGGCUCAAAAGGUGUAGAAGAUCUUUUGCUAACGGGAUGGGUUUCUGCGGCUACCAGAGGCUGGAUUAUGGCGAUCAGUCAAUAGAAAUUGUGUCGCAGGCGGAGUCCCACCGACAUGAACUUUACAAGCGAUCGGAGGACUUGCCGGAGAACCUCGACUUCGUUGGGGUCUUCAGCCAUAGCCUGGAAGUGCGCGAGGCGGAUGGCGGUUCGAACUCACCUAACGAGAGCGAACUCAAGCUUCAGAAAGACUACGAGCUCUUGAACGAGGAGAAGGCGGCAUCCACAGCCGCGAUAGUAGAUUACGGGGAGUUGCCGCAAGCUCGGAACGCACGGUGGGGCGGUGCGUUAAAGAAGGCGUCGUACUUGAAACGACAGAACAAAAAAUCCCUCAGCGCACCCAGUUCGGGCCCGCCCACGCCGUCAAUGAGGUCGGGGCGAUCUCCACUCAAUCCUACUUCGGCCUCGACAUCCACUUCAGCGGAAGCGCGCGCCGAGCUGGACGCAUUGCGGAUACCUCUCACACAUCUCCUCGUAUUGGGUCCAGCUUCCGAACACUCAUUGGCCUCCAAGACGAGGGCACCGGAGGAUCUUGUCUUGAAGGUGUUGCACAAGGUUGCCAACAAGGUGAAUGCCGGAAGGCAUUGGGCGCUCAUGGAUGAUGUCCACAGAGAAUUGGAUGUGUGGGACUUUCCUUACAUCACGCCGAGUGACAGAGAAAAGGCGAUUCGGAACUGCGGUGAAGCAUUUAACCGAUUGCGACUCCAAAAACAAGCUGCAGAAUGGCGGAUGUUGCUCUCGCCCGAAGACCGCGAGAGGGCAGACCUCAAUCCUGAACCGGAACCGGUCAAGCCUGCAUCGGUACGAUUGAGUUCGAGACCGGCAAGCGAAAGCGGCAGGUCGCCGUUGCCGCCGUCACUCGAGUCCAAAAAACCAGCGGCGAAGGCGGCAACGGGCAGGGGCGCGGCAAAAGUCACGAAACCUACAAAAACAGAUGCCAUAUCUCGUAUCAUCGGUGGAAAGGGCAGAAAGAAGGCCACAGUACCGGCCAAACCGAAGGGAACAGUCGGACGGCCACCUAAAAAUGCCUCAGCAGCGACUGGGCGGGCGAGCAAGCCAGCUACACAGAGGCAAACCGUGGCAACUACAAAUUCGAAGAUCAAGUCAGCUGAGGUUGUAGUGGAUUCGGACGACGAUAUUGAUAUGGAAGACGUCAAACUGUCUACUCCUAAACCGCCGCCAGUGAGCAAGGUAGGAUCACCGCAGCCACGCCCUAAAGCAUCGGCACCUAAACCUCCUUCACGUGUCGCUUCGGAUAUCGAAGGGGAUGGCGUUUAUCUGAAUCCCAACCGAAAGAGAACACCGGCGCCGUCUGCUGCGAAGUCGCCGGCGAAGAGGCCCCGCAUCGUAGCCACUCCGUCCGCUUCGUCGUCUGCCACGCUAGAUCCUCCCGUGCAAUUUCAAUCCCAAUCAAAUGGCUACUCGAAAGCUCAAUCGUCCGCCACCAUCACCGCUAAGUCUAUGGCAUCGUCUCGGGAUACACUUUCCCGGAGUAGUUCCAGCAAUUCCCCGCCGAAACCAUCCCCACUUGGCUCAUCGCCUCCGAUAAACGCCUCCGAUGAUACGGGGUCAACUGCUUCGUCCCCGUUCAUGAUGUCCAACGCGGGAACAUCCACCGCGAGCCAAUCGCCGUUGGACUCUUUGUCUGGGCGAAGUCAGAAACCGCGCUAUAUGCCUCCUGCUGUUUCAUCCCUGAAGCGAAAGGCCGGCAGUGCUUCGCAACGGGAUGAUCCAGUUCGGAGCGGCACCAAAGCAACGUCCAACGGCACCGCGUCAAAUAGACGGCAGCUCGCGAACCCUCCCGACGGUCAGACGAUGAAGCUGGCGCGCAAAUUCAAGGAAGACUACUCCAAGUACGCCCGUCUCUACCACGAAGCGCAAUCAGUCACGGAUGCCGUGAGAAAGAGGGAAACGAUCGAACGUGUCCUCGCUCUGCAUCGAGAUCUGGAACGAUUAAAAGCCAGAAUAUCUAACCUUCAAAUGUCGCAUUGAUUUAACCACGACUUGCCGCAAUUUCAUGACUGAUUGGUGUCCAUUUUUGUUUACUUUCCUUGUUGCAUGCAUCUCACACCAAACGACGGUGA